ACAUAAUGGAGAAAAGUGACAGAAAAGCAGCGAAGGCGUCUGCAGAAAUUAAAGCUGUCAUAAAUGAAGACUAAAUAAAUAGGGCUUGAAAAUAGGAAAUCCCAACGGUUUCAAGACCAGCUAAGUUAUGAUUUAUAAAGUUCCUAUAAAUGUUUUGUACUAUUUAGGUGUAAAAGUGAUUUUUCUGUGAUUAUAAGUUUAUGACCUCUAUCAUUCUGAGGAAGCACCAUGUCUGAUAUGACUGAACCAAAAGUUUUCAUCAAUGAUCCAAAUUUUAUCAGCGCGUUACCAAUGGAAACCACGGACCCCGAAAGCAUUUUGAAUCCUGAAACAGAAACUCUAACACCUGCACAGGAAAUGAUGAUUGAUCAACUACUAUCUGAAUCGAAUGAAAACCUCGAAAAUCCAAAAGACAUCUCAAAAGAGGAUAUGUAUGGGACUACGAGUGAGGAACAACACGUCGAGAGUCCUACCACAAGGGAAAGUUAUACUUUCAAAUGCGUUUUCUGUGAUCGAGUACUGAGCGCUACCGAUAAUCCUAAAUUACUAGAAUGUUUACACAACACUUGUUCUGGGUGCAUAGACAGUAGGCUAUAUGAACACAAUGAAGGAAUGCAAGUACAAGUUGAAUGUCCUUUUUGCGGAAUCGUUUGCGAACCUGAACGUAUAAUAGAAAACCAGUUCUUACUUGAACUUGCCAACAAUGAGGAUUCUACGAAGAACACGGAUAUGAAAUGCAGUAACUGCACAGACGAUGCUUUUGCUACAAGUUAUUGCACAGAUUGUUCGGAAUUCAUUUGCGAUAAUUGUGUGCAGGCACAUCAAAGGUUGAAAAUAACAAAGGAUCACACGAUAAAACCGAAAGAAGAUGGAUUGAUGGAACUCCACUCUGUCACCAAUGGAGGAUCGACUAGUUUGUUCUGUUCAAAUCAUCCGCAUGAGAAACUAUCAUUAUUUUGUGAAACUUGCGAUAAGUUAACAUGUCGGGAUUGCCAGCUGAUUGAGCAUAGGGAACAUAAGUACAAAUUCACUAAUGAAAUUGCUUCGGAAGCCAAGAAAUUCAUUGCAGAGAUGCUUAAAGAUGUUGGGUAUAAAAGGGCUUUACUUACAAGCGCAAUGAAAGUUAUUGAUGAUCGUCAAAAUCUAAUCACAGAUAAAAAGCAGGCUCUCGUGAAAGAAAUAACACAGUUAGUUGUCAAAUUAACAAAUACAAUCAACGUUCGAGGCAAGCAGCUGGUAGCGAAACUCACAGAAGUUUGUGAUUCUAAACAAAAGACGCUGCAGGAGAAGAAACUUGCUUUGGAACAGCUUUCAAAAAUGACUGACCAUUGCAUUCAAUUCACUCAACAUGCUCUGUCGAAUGGAAGCGAUAUGGCUUUGCUAUAUAGCAAGAAGCAAGUUACGGAGCAUUUGAAGCGGAUCAAGUGCAAGAGAGCUGACAUUCCGAACCCGGAGAUACCCGUCAGGAUACAUCUGGCAUUGGACAAAGUUCCCGAUCUGAUCAAAGUGAUGUCUACUAUUGGGCAAAUUGUUGUUGACGGAAGAAUUUACCCAUCCCAGUCAUCUUCUCCAGCCGCUUCCCUUCCUCCUCCAAGUUCCUCCAGCCCUGGGCAAUGUCGACCUCCCCAACAGCCGUCACCCAUGAGCCCCCAUCGGCAGUUGGCCUCCCCUUCAGGAUUCCAGCAAACCAGAAUGCCAGGCCCUCCCCCAUAUUCUCAGUAUCAGAGCAACAACCAGUACCAGCAAUCAAUAAACACUGUCCAGAAUCAACAGAACAUGGGGCAGGGUAUGAACCAUAACAUGGCACAGAAUAUGAAUACGAACCAUCAAGGAAUGGGACAAAAUAUGAGUCAAGGCAUGACUCACAACUUGGGGCAAAACAUGGGACAAGCAAUUGGAGGUGCACGAAUACCAUCCAUGGGUCCCCCUAGUAUUAGCAGUCUUCCUCAAGCUCUGCCAAUGUCUUUGGCACAACAGCUGACUAUGAGCAACAGAAUGCAAAGACCAGUGCUACAGAGAGCUCUCAUGCCCAGAAUGACAAUGGGUAUGAACCAACAGCAACAGCAGGUAUCGUCUUCCACUCAUCCUCAAGGAAUGUUACAUGACCGAAGCAACUUACGUCACCUCCUCCAACCCAACAACACGAACAGCGGUGCAGGGUCCAACAGUCCCAUUUACAUUCAGACGGGUCCCGGUCAAUAUCAAGCUGUGCAACCACAUUUGGCUCAGCAAUUUCAAGGUAGGUUUCCCGGUCAGCAGCAGAUAAGGUUCACCCAGCAGAAUAACCAACUCAGAAUGUUGGUGCCAACCCAGCAGAACCGAAUGCCGGUUCAACAACAACAACAGCUGCAGCAGCAGCAACAACAACAUAAUCAACAACAGCAACGACCUCAACCGUUUUCGGGAGGAAACGUUAGCGUUUCUGGAGGGGGUGUUAAGUGGCAUAUUCCUCAACAAAGUAGCUCAGCAGCAGCUAACAAUGGCAACAAUCGUAACAUGACCCUUCCUACAAUUAACGAUAACUUCAAAAUCACUCUGCGCCAGCAAACACCAAACGAUCCAAACAAAAACACUCCGGCCACAGUUACUUCGACUAUUCCCAAAACGCCAAGUCCCAAUCACAUCCAAGGCAAGUCUGACACGGAACGCAACCUCGAUAAAUUCUGUGAAGACUCUGUCAAAGAUCUCAUGGCCACCAUCGCUAAACUGGACUCGAAUGGAGUGCAAGUUUUGGCCGAAGGUAGACAGAAAGGGGGUUCGCCCCACGUGGACAGCUCCACUGGCGACUCUGGUCCAGGACCGAAGAUCAAAUCCGAACUGUCUGAGACCAGCAAAGACGAUCCUAAUGAAGAUUGGUGUGCUGUUUGCAUGGACGGGGGGGAAUUGGUGUGUUGCGAUAAGUGUCCCAAGGUGUUCCACCAGUACUGCCACAUUCCCAAUUUGAGCGUGGAGGAAAACGAUACAUGGCAGUGUUUACUUUGCAUGAAUUUCGCCGACAUCCCAGAAAGUAUCUUGUCUGAGAAAAAAGAUGGUGAACUCAGUGUCAGAGAGAGAAAGAUAGCAGAGAGACUCGUGCUUGAAUUGUACUGCCAGUAUGAUCCUAGCCUUCCUUUCAGAGAAAUCAUCGGGCCUGAGAACGAAGAAUACCAUUCCAUCAUAAAGCAGCCUAUUGCUUUAGAUACGAUCAGGCAGAAAUUGAAUUGGAGCGCAGACAACCACUACAGGCAAAUGGAAGAGUUAGUGAGAGAUGUACGAUUGAUGUUCAAAAAUGCAUAUACCUACAAUACGGUGGACAGCCAGGUCUACUUAGAUGCAAAAACAUUGGAAAAAUUCUUUGAUGAACAACUUGAGAAAUUUCUACCAGAAUAUGCUUAUAUGUUCGAUGAAGACGACGUCCAACAACCCCCUACCAAGAAAUUUCGGAGGAUAAUAAGUGACUGACAAAUUGUUCACGGGGCAAAUAACACUGUUUAUUUUUCCCUAUAACAUUAAGUUCGAGUGUGAAGGUUUUUUUGAAGAUAGAUAUUUUUGCAGCCUUCGCCUCGGAUGGUUUUGAAAAUAAUGCUGGAGCAAUGUUAUGAUUAUUUGAUUUGUCUGUGAAAUUCUCAGUUCUCGAACCAUUUGUCAGUGUCUGACUGAUUGUUAAAAUCUAUUUGACCCGUGAACAAGUAUGCAGAAAAUGUAGCGUUAGGAAAUCAGAAUUUGUUUUUUAUAAAAAUUUCCUAGGUUAUUUAUUAUAUUGUUUUAUUAGAAUGUUAUGUCAUGUUUUAAUGAUGUUAUUUAAUGUUAGCAUUCACGAUUUUCUAGAGUAAAAUAUACAAGGGGUGAGGGAUAUACUCCUCCUAAUACCCAGUUGAUAUCCCGUAUCAAAUUAUGUAAAGUCAUAAUAGGAUUUAGUAAAGCCUUCAUAAGGUUUGUUUAGGAAUCAGUUCUUAAUUUUUUUUACAGUAAAUUAAUCUGGUUUAGCUAUAUUUGAAAGAAUGUUGAAGAGGACCGAGUUAACAUUUAUUCCUCAUAUCAUCAACAGCUGAAAUUAGGACUAUUAUCCCUAUCUCCUUGUAUGAAUAUGAUAUAAAUAUAUAUACGUAUAUAUUUAUAAAUAUAUAUUUCAUUAUAGUGAUCAUGGUAUUUAUACGAUAUUCAUAAUUCAUUUAAAUAUAGUUAUAUACUGUGUAGAAUGCAUAUCUUCUUGAAACAGAUAUAUGAAUCAAUAUACAUGGUGGGCAGAGCGAUUUUUGUGGUUUUAUAUUAUUUUUAUAGGAGCUACUUUUAGAAAUUCCAGAAAAUGCAUUUGUGUGUAGUGUACAUAGUAAUUUUGACCCUUUGGUAUAAUAAUUAGGUACUUAUAUGUUCUCUUUGAAGGCAAAAAGUGAAAAAGAUCUUAAACAUUUGAGAAAUAUUUACAUUAUUUGUUAUGAAAAAAUUCACUGCACUUUCUGUUAGUUCUGUGACUUUCUUUUUCAUGAUUAUUCUAAUAACUAGAGAAAUUCAGAGAGAGUUAUAUUGACAAUCCUUCUGGGAACAAAACAUUAAGAAACAUUGUUUUCAUUUUGAAUCAAGUGUGGUAUUUUUUUGAGUUUUUUUCAUAAAACCAACAGUCUAGUUGCGUUAAGAGCACUGCAUUAAGAACUUCUUUAAAAAUAUUGCCUUGUCUCUUUUUCCAAGCUUGUAUAUCGACCAGCAUCCGCUAAUGCUCACGUUUCAACCUUUUCUGAUCAUCCUCAAGACACCCAUUUUCAAAUACACAGUUGAAA